AAAAGAAAAACAUUGACGGAAUCCAUGUCUCGCGGGGUUUGAUAAAAAGCUUGCUUUUUUUUUUUUUUCCUUUCCAACCGAAGUCUCUUUCUCUUGCGAUUACCAUCAAUCGAAACCAAAGCAAUCAUCGUCUCCGCGGAGCUCUCACCGCGAUCGCCAUGAAGUCCAUGGCGCUGUAUGGGAAGCGUGCGGGUUCUAUGUGGCUCGCGGGCUUCAGAGAAGCCGCAUCGAUUCACAGGGUCGCUGUUCUUUGUCUCCGGUCGAGGAUGCUGACGAUCAGGAUGGGGCAGUGCUUUCUUCUCAAUGGGCUCAUCUUCUUAGGAAGUUUGUUGACUUUAAAGUCAGUUGUCAUCCCCAUUCUACUGUGGAUAUUGCCUGGGAAAUGUGAACAGGAAUCAGAGCAUCUUUGCGAACAUGGAACGGCUCUAGCUAUUUAUUCUGCCUUGCGUUUUAUCCUUAUUCAUUUUUUCUAUGUUUUCUGGUUCUACCCACUCUAUGUUUUCAGCAUUGUGCUGAGCGCCCUCUGGUAUAAUGAUAUUGCUAAGCAUGGAUUUGAUGCUGUGAGAAGAGGACCUGCUAUAGCACAAUCACUUGGCAUAAGUGAUGUAUCUGAUUCACAAAAUGUGUCAAAUCUGAGCAAGCCAAGUGGAUUUGAAGGGGUCAUAGUUGGAAUUGGAGAACAGGUUUAUUCACUUCUAUUGUUGAGCGUUUUCUUCAUAGAGGUUUUUGCAACAGGGUUUAUACCUUACAUCGGCAAGGGAAUCAAUUUUUUGCUCCUCUCCUGGAUGUAUUCGUAUUACUGUUUUGAGUACAAAUGGAAUCUUUCUCAACUGAGCUUGGAGAAAAGGCUUGAUUUCUUUGAAUCAAAUUGGGCAUUUUUUGCUGGCUUUGGAAGUCCGUGUGUUCUUGCAAUUUUCUUUUUUUCUCCACUUGUCAGCUAUGGUGUUAUGGCCAUACUAUUUCCUCUGUUUGUUUUGACAGCAGCAGGAACCCAAGCAGAGAAAGUUAUAGACUCUCAGAAAAGAUCAUGGGAAGGGGAAGAACUACGAAAACUGAGAAUAUUUUACAUCGCAAAUGCUUUAUCGAUGAGCAUAUUGCAAUCCUUUCCUGAAGGACAUAAAGAUGAUUAACAAAAGAAAGCAUCCAGAAGCCAAACCAAGAUAGUGUGUUCAGGUUGCUUAUCCACAGAAUAAAUCCCAAAGGAAACUGGAGAUCAAUGUAAGGUCACCACUUUUAACAGCCAUUAGACAUCCAAUUGUUUGCAUUGUAUAUAAUACUGAAAUUUCUUUUAGUCUUAUUUCUUCAGUGAUCACCUGUUUACUUAAAUGUACAUUAAAAUCAAAGUUGUUGAUGAAAUUGAAAUUGUUAAAUUAUCAGUAAAAUU